AUGUCUAGAUACGGCUGGUCCACGAAUCGGGAGCAGAUAUCUCCCUACACCUCUACCAUGAGCGGUGUCCCCGACGUCACCGACGAGGACUUUAGCUACAUCACCACCGAGGACCUCCAGUCUUCCUCCCUCGGCAGCUCCGUCCCCACGAGAUCGUAUGCCCACAACCCGAGAAGGACCAGCGCCCCCGUCCCCGAGGACGACGUGCUGCUCAUCAAGAACAAGGGCGUCACCUACCCUACCCACUUCCCCGCCUACACCAUCGGCGACGGCAAGCUUCGCGUUCGCGAUGUGCGGGACCGCGUCAGCGUCUUGCUGGAGCUGUCAGAGCGCCGCGGGCGCAAGGUUAAGCUGCUCUACAAGGGCCGCCAGUUGAAGGAUGCCGCCGCGCCGGUGCGGGACUACGGUGUCAAGAACAACAGCGAGGUCAUGGUCGUGCUCCCCGAUGGCGACCUCGAGCCUGAGAGCAGCGACGAUUCAGACGAGGAGAUGGUUGUGGUGGCUGGCGACGGUGGCAGCACUGUCGGCAGCGCCGCUGGCACCGACGACGGCAAGAAGCGCCGCAAGGGCAAAAAGGGCCGCAAGUCGAAGAAGGGCGGUCGAAGCAGCAACCAUACCAGCCCCCGCGACAGCACAUCAAAUCUCGGCGUCCCGGGCACCGACGCUGGCAGGUCGCCCACGCCUAUCAGACAGGCCAAUGGGCCCCACGCCAAGCUGGAUGCCAUUGCGUCGCACUUUGAAACGGAGCUGCUCCCGCUCUGCGACAAGUUCAUCGCGGCACCGCCGACGGACUCCAAGAAGCGAGAAGACGAGCACCGCAAGCUUUCCGAGACGACGAUGCAGCACGUUCUGCUGAAGCUCGACGAGGUCGAGACGGAAGGCGACCAGGAGGCCAGGGCGAAGAGGAAAGCCCUGGUCCAGCACGUUCAGGAUGUUUUGAAGCGUCUAGACUCUAGACUACGCUAA